AUGACGCAGCUCCACUCGAUUGCCAGUCUCGACUACGGAGACGGGCGCACAUGCGUCUGCCGCAUCUGCGAGUGCGGCAAGCACAAGUGUAAGGAAGUGAAGCUUCCCUUCUUUGGUGAGACGACGUACCGCGACGAGUACGUACCGAAGAGUACUGAGCGUGACGCGCUGCGCAAGAAGCGGGCCUCUGUGUUCCCCACCAAGGCGGAUCCAGGGCACUUCAAGACGACGAAGCAGGAGGCGUGGGAGGUGCUCGAGGGCAAAGCAGUGUGCCCCGCCGAGUCCUUCAAGCCGCGCACGGCGCUCGGCGACCCGCUACCCUUCACCGGCACUACAACGCACCGAAACGACUUCCCAGGCCACAUGCCGGACCAUGAGCGGGCCCGUCACAAGCAGGAGCCGCUGCCAAAGCUGAAGGGGUUGUAUGAGACGACCAACGGCGCGAUGCAGGAGCCCAUCAACAAAUGCCUUGACACGGGGGCCCUGCCGAAGCCGCCGAAGUCUUUCCGAGGCGAUGAAUCACUUGGCCGGUCGGUGCCGUUCGAUGGCAUCGCGAGUUAUACCGCCGACUACCCGCCUAAGCAGCCGCUCUUCGCGCCGCAAGCCCGAAAGGCGCAGGAGCGCGCCGGCCUCCCAGACACACGGGACUUUGAGACGACGCACUCAGACUCGUACAAGGUGCCGCCGCACCGGCUGCGGCACAUCUGCCCGUCUGCGAUGGUGACGGAGCGCGCCCCGUCGGUGGACGGCCACAUCAAGCUGUCUGUGUACAACAUCCCAUCAGGCGAUAUAUUGGAUUAG